CCGUCCCGUCCCGUCCCGUCCCGUCCCGCGGUGGUGGGCAUGGGGCUGGGCUCGAGCUCCGAGGUCCCCGACGGCGGCGCCGAGGGCUUCCACGUACACGGGGUUCAAGAAAACUCCCCAGCUCAACAAGGAGGACUGGAACCUUUCUUUGAUUUCAUCAUUGCCAUAGGACACACUAGGCUUAAUAAAGAAAACAAUAUGUUGAAAGAUCUGCUGAAGGCAAAUGCUGAAAAAGCAGUGAAGCUGGAGGUGUAUAAUAUCAAAACAAUGAAAAUAAGAGAGGUGGAGGUGAUCCCCAGUAACAUGUGGGGAGGACAAGGUCUUCUUGGAGCCAGCGUGAGGUUCUGCAGUUUCCAGGGAGCCAAUGAACACGUGUGGCAUGUUUUGGAUGUUGAACCCGCAUCCCCUGCCGCUCUAGCUGGUCUCCAGCCGUACACUGACUACAUUGUUGGAUCUGAUCAGAUUCUUCAGGAGUCAGAGGAUUUCUUUUCACUGAUUGAAUCCCAUGAGGGGAAGCCGCUGAAGCUGAUGGUUUAUAACACCGAAGCAGAUUCCCUUCGAGAGGUAGUUGUGACUCCCAAUGGAGCCUGGGGUGGAGAAGGAAGUUUAGGAUGUGGUAUUGGAUAUGGCUAUUUGCACAGAAUUCCAACACAGUCUAUAAUAUCGAAGAAAAAGCCAGAAAGCAAACCACCUUCACCAUUACCAGAAGCUGGAACUCCUGUACCAUCUACUAAUGGUUACACAGAGACUCCAUUAUUGGCACCUACUUCUCAGAGUGACAACUCUGAAAUAGUUACGAGCUUGGAUCAUUCCACAGAUCAAGAGAUGAGUGGUUAUUCACCAGAAAGCUCACUUUCUCCUCCUCCCCCUCUCCAGAGAGUUAUGGAUCCAGGAUUUCUAGAUAUGUCUGGUAUUUCAUUUCCUGAACUCACUAACUUAACAAAAGUGUCCAACAUGUCUUCAUCUGCCUCCUUCAACAUGCCAGCAGCAGAUGCUUUAGUAGGCACUGGAAAGUUAGUGUCGAACAAUGACGCUUCUGCUUAUUUUGAAAACGCCACAGCUUUGGACCCUGAAGAUGUAACCAUGUAUUCUGAAGGCUCAGUCAAGCAGCCCGAGUUGGAUGACUUACUGCCUUCAAUUCCAUCUUUACCUUCUUUUGCUCUUCCUAAUGAAAUUUCUUCAAAAACAACGCUAGGAACUGAUCCCGAUAACCAAGAAACAAAGCUGCUCGUAAACAGUAUUGAGAGCUCGUUAACCACUACUCUGGUGAAACCAGAGGAUGAAGCAGCGUGUGAACAGAAAGAAGAAGCAGCUGCACAAGAUCAUGAAUGAAAUGGAUGCUGCUUUUGUUUACAGACUGCCAUAUGCUGUAAUCCUACAGCUUGGAAUAUUUUUCUGAUCUUGAAAGAAUUACAGUUAUUCUAUUUUGUUAGUGUAGACAAUAUUAUAAAAGAAAUCAUAUGAAAUACAUAUCCUAUUGUCUUUUCCAAUCAUUGUGUAAUGGAUUGAUCUGUGUUCAAACUUUGAAUGCUGUCCAAAAUCACCAAAUUAAUGGAGAAAUUAAUGCAGACACAAGUUGGAGACUGGCAAAACGUCAAGUUCCUGAAUUCACGUUUGCCUGCAAAUGCUUGUCAAUGUAUUUAUGAAGGCACUCUGCCUGAACAGUGACACUUAAUGAUGAUUUUCUCAGCAUGAUUGACAGUAUUAAAAAAAAAAAAGUAUUUAUGGUUUUGACUUGUUAGAAAGCUUUUCUAAUGGUACGCCUCAAUUAGACAGUUCUUGUGACUUUCAAGGCAUUUCCUACCCCAAGAUAUCUUUAUUCCUACUUACUACUCUGCGAACUGUUAUUUAUCUUGUUUUAGAGUCCCUUCUCUGUAAGUUAUUUAUGUACCUUCUCUACAACUAGUUUUGCAGGAAAGGAAGUACUGUAUGGUUUGAAGUUGCAGCAUAUAGAUAGGACAAAAUCGUGUUGGUGGGUCCUGUCAUUCACUUCAGCCCUUCAAUGGAUCAUGUGGUGGUCUCACAGUUUAAAAGAAAACAAAGGGGGGGAGGGAAUUAUGAUGGUUAUUUGAAACAAACUGAAGUCAAAGAUGAUUUUAAGUCAGGCCUGUGUGUUUUCAGGGUGAUUAACCUUUACAGUGGAGUUGAAUAUGUCUUGGUUUCUGUAGUGACAGAGAAAGAGCUUUUCUCUAGUUGUGCUUUUCUAUUUACCCAUUUCUAUUUUUAUAUGAAUCAUUGUAAGUUUAAGACACGGGGAUGGACGUGGGUGCAGCAACAUCUACUGCUUUUUGUAGCUUUCUUGGUUUGUUUGCACUUGUGUUCAAAUAGCUUCUGAAUGUAAUGGCAAACAUGAAAUGAACAAUGAAAGAAAUGUAGGUGCGUUGAUACCCCUUCAGGGCAGUGAUCUACCAUGGGAUUUUAAAGCUGCUGAUUGGGAAUAACUUCACUAUAGCUGGUACAGUUAGCGUGGUGAAAAUCCUUCAUAAAUUAAGAGAAUGGGGUACAAGGUUAGAUAUAUGUUUAAGCUAUAAACUCGAGUAUACUUAAUUAGACAGUAUUGGGCUAAUUUCCUUUUUCUCUGCCCUUUCUCCUGCUCUGUUUCGACAUUGUGCCCCAGGGCGAUCAGUAAGCGAAAUGACUGACUAGGCUGAAAUCUAGUAACGGUGCAGGAUGGGGAGUCCGGGUCACACGGAUUUGCCCGUGACAGCUCAGCUUCAGCAAAAGGGGGCAGGCGAAGUUGCAACACAAGAGGGGUCUGCAGAGGAGUACACCCUUACAUAAAGUCUGUCCUUUAUAUUCCUUCAUCUCUGUUGUUAGUCUUAAAUACUGUUUUCACAUAAAACACAGUAGCUCUGAACAGGAUGCUCAAAAUAUCUUUUGCUUUAAAGAAGAAUGCAUUAAGCCCUCACUGUAGGUACUGGAAUUAAGAGAUUUGAAAUCUAGUCUGCUCAAGGGUCUGUUAAUAGCAAACAGAUUUUUUUCCUAUAUUGCCAAAAUAACUUUCCUCUCUUCUUUCCCCACCGGACUGCUACAAGGAUGAACAGCCAAACACUAAAAAUAAAUGUCAUUUAAGCUAUUGGUCAGUUUGUUUGGUCUUGGAGCCUGAUGCCUGAGGACACCUAGGUGAUCUGUUUGCUUUUUUUGUUAUUUAGGACUGUUUCUACAGUCUUACACUUUGUGUAAGGUGUAAGUCUAGUCUUACACCUUUGUCAAAACUGUUUUUAAGCUGGUAGUAGCUCGUUUAGGUGAUGCUGUACCAUAACCACCCUUUAGAAAUUUAAGAGCGGGGACUGUCAAAACUCAUACUAAGUUUCAAAUGUCGCAGUAAUAAAUGGCUCAACACUCCCGGCA